UAUAAACAAAAAAAACAAAAAAUAAAAACAAAAUACACAUAAUAACAAAUUAGUACGACUCAUUCGAAAUUUCUAUAAAUUUGAAGAACCACCCCUGCUGGGACCAGGAGCAGCAUUCCCAUCACCAUAUGGACCGCCAGAAUUUCAUCAGCCCACCGAUAGUUGGAAAGGUGCACCAAUACAUCCAGUUGCAGCAACAGGUUUAAUGAAAGAACCACCAGUAGUACCAGGACGUAAUGGACCAGUUAAUUUUGCAGUUGCAGCUGGACAACAACAGGGAGCUGUUAUGAUGGUAUAUGGACUUGAUCAUGAAACUUCAAAUACAGAUAAACUUUUCAAUUUGGUAUGCUUAUAUGGAAAUGUUGCCAGGAUAAAAUUCUUAAAAACCAAAGAAGGUACAGCAAUGGUACAAAUGGGUGAUUCAGUUGCAGUUGAACGUUGUGUCCAACAUUUAAACAACAUUCCUGUUGGAAAUAAUGGAAAAAUACAAAUAGCUUUUUCAAAACAAAAUUUCCUAUCGGAAGUCAUUAAUCCAUUUAGUCUUCCAGAUCAUACGCCAAGUUUUAAAGAAUAUACUGGUUCAAAAAAUAACAGAUUUUUAUCACCGGCACAAGCUAGUAAAAAUCGUAUCCAACCACCGAGUAAGAUUUUACACUUUUUCAACACACCACCUGGAUUGACUGAUGAGCAACUGAUAGGAAUUUUUAAUAUCAAAGAAGUACCACCAACGUCGGUUAGAAUGUUCCCAUUAAAAACAGAACGUUCAUCAUCUGGAUUAAUUGAAUUUUCAAAUAUUGCUCAAGCAGUUUUAGCUAUAAUGAAAUGUAAUCAUUUACCAAUUGAAGGAAAAGGAACUAAAUUCCCUUUUAUAAUGAAAUUAUGUUUCUCAUCAUCGAAAAGUAUGAAUGGUGCAUGGAAUAACGCAGCAAGUGAAGGAAUUGUUGAAAAAGAAAAUGAUGUAGACGUUAAAAUGAACAUUUUAAAUUAAAAAAAGAAAACAAAAAUUAAAAUUAAUAUUAAAAUAACAAUUUUUUUAAAAAAAAAAUAUAUUCAAUAAAUUUAUAAUUUUUCACUUUAUUACUGCUAUCUUCUUAAAUUGUUUUUUUUUUUCUAUUGUAAUUAUACAAUUAAUUAAUUAAAUGAAUUAAAUUUUUGUUUUUUUUUUUUUAAAUUACAAUUUACAAUAUCUUAUAAAAUUACAGAAAACAAAUAUGAAUUUUUUAAAACUAUAGAAAAGAAAUAUGUUUUUGUUUUUUUCUUUUUUAAUGCAAAAGCUUAUAUUAUAAUUA